AUGCUGCUGCUGCUGCUGCCGCCGCCUCCGCCCGUUCUGUUGCUUGCCCUGGCCGGGCUGCUGGCUUCCUGGGCGCCGGGGGCUCGGGCCGCGGCGUGCGAGCCGGUGCGCAUCCCGCUCUGCAAGUCUCUGCCCUGGAAUAUGACCAAGAUGCCCAACCACCUGCACCACAGCACGCAGGCCAACGCCAUCCUGGCCAUGGAGCAGUUCGAGGGGCUGCUGGGCAUCCACUGCAGCCCGGACCUGCUCUUCUUCCUCUGCGCCAUGUACGCGCCCAUCUGCACCCUCGACUUCCAGCACGAGCCCAUCAAGCCUUGCAAGUCCGUCUGCGAGAGGGCCCGGACGGGCUGCGAACCGGUCCUCAUCAAGUACGGCCACGCCUGGCCGGACAGCCUGGCCUGCGACGAGCUGCCUGUUUACGACCGAGGGGUCUGCAUUUCCCCCGAGGCGAUUGUCACUGCCGAAGGAUCCGAUUUCCCUAUGGAUUCUAAUAAUGGGAACUGUAGAGGCACCAAUGCCGAGCGCUGCAAAUGCAAGCCUAUAAAAGCUACCCAGAAGACCUACCUUCGGAACAAUUACAACUAUGUUAUUCGGGCUAAAGUGAAGGAGGUAAAGACCAAAUGUCAUGAUGUCACUGCAGUGGUCGAAGUGAAAGAAAUUCUAAAAUCUUCAUUGGUGAACAUUCCUAGGGAUACAGUCAAUUUAUAUACAAACUCUGGCUGUCUUUGCCCACCACUUAACGCUAAUGAAGAAUAUAUCAUCAUGGGCUAUGAAGAUGAGGAACGUUCUAGACUACUCUUAGUGGAAGGCUCCAUAGCUGAGAAAUGGAAGGAUCGUCUCGGUAAAAAAGUGAAGCGCUGGGACCAGAAACUCCGUCAUCCUGUCAAAGGCAGAAGUGAACCUGGACAGAGUGAUUCUGCUCCCAAAUCUGGGAGAAGCACCAAUCCACGACAAAGGCGCAACUGAGAUGGAAAAUUCCUUGAGGCCAAAACUAAUCCAUGGACUUGUAUAAAUUAAAAAGACUUGCCUUCUUGAAGCAGCAAAACAGAAAUUGCACUAUUGCACGUUGCCUUUUAUUGUUUACUAUGAGUUCAUUCUGUAGCCAAUGUUAGUUGUUGUUUUUAUUUUCUUCCCUUCUUGUUUUCUUGCCUCUUGUACUGUGCAGGAGUACAAACACUUGGAAAAGAAAGGUAUAUUACAUUCACAAACAUCUAUCUGUGAAUUACAUUGACAAACAUUUUUCUUUAUUUGAAUGGCCAAAUUGAUUUUUAUUAGAUGCUCAUGAUAAUUGUUUGUAUACAGUUACUACAGGCUCGAAAGCCACAAAUACUUCCUAUAUAUGCAUAAACAAGUUGCCUGAAAGAACAUUUAAAAAAAAACUCAGCAAAUCCCACAAUUCUUUGGUUUUAUUGGGGAAGAAACAUAAUCCAAAUUACCCAGUAGUUAUAAAGAAGAAUGAGAUGAAUUUGAAGAAUAUCAGGGCCCCAUGUAUUAAGAAAAAAUAAUUUCUUUUCUAAUAGAAAUAAAGCAUCAAAAGGCAAAUGAGUUCUAAAAGUUAUCUGGCAAAUACUAACUAUUUUUGCAAUUGGCAAGUGGAAAAUCGAUCAAUUUUAAGAAUUUGCCCUCCUCUCCUUACUCAUAUUGAUACUCUUUAUGGCAAGCAUGGAUUAUGCAAAAAGAGAUUAUAUCAAGAGAAUUAGGUCUUUUAGGGUAGGUUUGCUAAUAAAAUGUCAAUUCUGCUUCAGUAAACCACGUACACGAAGCCUUGUUUUAAAACAUUAGCCAUGACAAAGACUGCAUGAAGGACUUACUUUUGAAGGUCUUAAUCCUUCUGGGAAAAGUUUUAUAGAAUUGUUAAAUCUUGCCCAAAGAUACACCAUACUUGCUCUCUGUUAACAUUUCUCCCUCCUUUUCAAUGUUGCUGCCAAGUCAUAGGAAUACAAGUGGUCACCCUCUAGCCUCCAUCUCAUCAUAGAUCUGGACUUUGUCAUUUCAAGGCUGUUCUUUUGAUUGUAUUUCACUG